CUGGAGGCCGUAUGAUCAGGGAGAAAUUGCUGUUUUCAAUUGUGGUAAUGACGCCUCAGAAAUCAGGAGAUCUACGAACCAUUGUGACCGGUGCCAACACAUGCCGAAUACGUCUUUGGAACUUUGUGACGAUUAUUGCAUUAAUAAAGAGAAAAGUUUUUUGCAGUUCAUUUGCAAAGCUCCGUUGUCUUUUCUCUUGUAAACAAAAUAAACGUAAUUACUCUGGUGGCAGAAAAAAUAGCUCCCAGAAUAAUGAAAUUGAAUCCUUGCCUGUGAGAAGAUUUCAGCAACCAUUUCUGUGGCAUUCUCCAAAAGAUGAUUCAAAUGGGACAGAUGUCAAAGUUACAACUUGCAGGAAUUCUGUGCAAGGGAAGGUGCUUAUAGUUGAUGACAGAGGCUAUAUAUGUUCACGGACUGAUGUUUUAUCAACUGGAUGUUGCAACACAGAUAUAGAUACUACAAAGCAAUAUUCAUGUGAAACCUGCAAAGACAAUGGAUGCUGUAGUAUUUAUGAAUAUUGUAUAUCAUGCUGCUUACAUCCAGAUAAGAAAAAUGUUUUGCAGAAUGUCUUGGGAAAAGCAUCAGAAACUUUCAAUGUGCUAUUCGCCUCUGUCACAGACCAUUUUGAGCUUUGUCUAGCGAAAUGUCGAACUAGCUCUCAGAGUGUGCAGCACGAGAAUUCUUACCGUGAUCCACGUGCGAAACACUGCUACGGUGAGACACCCGCUGCUCCAGCAGGACCAGCUGGUGAAGGUGGCACUGCACCAUCAUGAGACUGUCAGAGCAGUGUGAGUGCAUCCCUUUAAUAUGUGUGUGGGCUCAGAGAAUGACUCGGUGCUCGUGUUGUCUUUUCCCUGGUGAGUGCUCUGGACUGACCCCUAAUGACUACAGGGAAAAAAGAAACUAUCCUGCUGUUCAUUGAAAGGUUUUGGAGGUGCUCGUUGUGAGAAGAUAUUCAUAAUUGUUACUGGUAUUGUAGUCAUUACAGAAGAGUUGUGAUUUCUGUAUCACCGACAUUGUGAUACAUCAGUGUGAUAACCACCAUAUUACAUGAAACUCUGCAGUUUCACCCUAGCACUUGUCAUUUCCCAUUAACUGUGAUUGUAUUGUUUUGCAAAAGUCAUCUCGUACAUUGCAAAGCUGCGUAAUAUAAUGAUUUUUGUAUACUUAGGCCUUUAGCAGUAUAUUUGGAAUUGUGGUAUGUUCAAGUUGGCAUGUGAUUGGAAGUUGUUGUCGAAUGUGGUUAAGAACUGUGCUCCUUUUAGACUCAAAUUUGACUAAGUCAUAAAAUAUGCAAUUUGUUUUAUAUAUGCUGUUUAUUUAUGACAGCUGUUAGAUUUUGAUGUAAUGACAUGACAGUAUUUUAUUUUAUUGAAACAGAUUAUAUUCUGUUAAUAAGUUUCAAGCAUAUAUCAGAAUGUUUUUGUUCAGAAUUGGGUGUUCCUUUAAUCUGCUGGUGCUUAAUAGAAAAUUUCUGUAAGAAAUGAACUAUGUAUGUUUUCAGUCCUUUGUGUAAUCAUAGAAAAAAAUAAUUUAAAGUUUUAAUACGUUGUUUGCUUACCAUAAAUACCUCACAUGGGAGCCUAUUAUCUAAUUGAGGUGUGUAACCUAUAUACCAGAUCAUAACUUAUCUCCAUUGUCACAUUGGAUGUUUCACACAAUAGCAUACGAGGGUUGUGCAGAAAGUAAUACACUGCAUUUUUUCUUCAACAGUUCUGUAUUGAACAUAGUGAGAAUUACACACAUUAAAGAGUGGUGUUUUACCUACACACCCUAUUUUUUCACUUAAUCUCCAACCUGUUAUAUGGAUUUCCUCCAGUACGAAACAAAGGCGCGUGUGCCCUGUCAGUACCUAUCCGUGUCCAGAUGGCAGAGCCAGUGCUUCACUGUGGGAAUCACCUCCUCACUAUCCUCAAAAUGUUUUUCAUGAAUGCCUCUGUCCUCGCGAAUGGCAUCAUCAGCUCAAUGCAACAUGUCAUGUGUGACAGAUGUGGAUGAUCUCCCCAACUGCUGAAAACUGUGGAGCUCCACCAAACCAUCUUCUGAUGACCCACCCUCCGUGCCCAGCAACUAACUGUACUGUCGACAGCAGAUGCUCCAUGGCCUUUGCACAAGCGUUGGUGAAUAUUCCCCAUGUGUUUUUUCUGUGCAGUGAGAGAUUCAAUGAUGACACAUUACUUGUAACAUACAUCACCUACAGUCAGUCAUUUUGAAACUGUCCUGCAGCUGCGCUAUCUGUUGGAAGUGAUGGAAUCGUGGCAGGCUCACUCAGGAGACUUCAAAUAAUACAGACAUUACAAUUCACAUUCGUAGAAUUGUUUUCAGUUGAGAAAAAAAUGCGUUGCGUUACUUACUGGACAAUCCUCAUAUAUUGUGAGUUAGAACAUUACUUAGUGAUUGAAAAUGUUAAUCGCAAGUUGAGACGCAAAUGGUUACUUCAUUAAGCGACACAAUACGUUCAUAUUGUGCUCUGUAGCAAGCUGAAAAGGAAAUAACCAGAGUGACAAGUCAUUGUGCAAGUCCUCAUCAAAUCUUUUGGUCUCUUAAUAGUAUAAACAUUUUUUUUCUGUUUGUGAUUUAAUAUUUUAUAGAUCUAUAUGUUCUCUUGCCCCUCCCCCUGCCCCAUAGCCAGAUUUUAUUUGAAAGUUUUACAGCCAUAUAAAAUGAUAGUUUUCCACAUUAUUUACCAAUGACUAGGUUGUGUCUAGUUCAGUACAGAUGUUCAGAGGAGUUGCCCUCAAAAUGUUCUAAAUUUUGAUGGAUACUAUGGAUCUAUUGUUUUUUAAGUAACCACCAUCUCUCUCUCUCUCUCUCUCUCUCUCUCUCUCUCUCUCCCUCCCUCCCUCCCUCCCUCC